UCCGGCGGCGGCGAGAGCAGCGAAAGGGCGAGGGCAGCGAGGGUCCCUGGUUGCCGUGGUCCCGUGGUGUGCCGUGGUUGCAGGUGUUGUUUGAAUCGGUGUGCGGGCCACAGGUGCCGCCUGCGGUUCCCCCUGCCGAGAUGACCCGGACUCGCGACAGCUCCUGCCGCCACUCGAGGAUGGGCUCGCUCUUUCGGAAGCGGACCGUGCAACCGCUGCAGGACGAUCCCGAUGACUCGGAGGCGGACAUCCCGCUGGUGGCGAGGUCCCCGCAGCUCGGGCGGCAGAUCUCUCUGCAGCGGCAGACGAGCGUCCCGGAGGACUCGCUGCGCUACUCCACCACCAGGGGGAACAUCCACUUCUGGAAGAACUUUGCCUACGAAGCGGAGGGGCGUCCCUUCCUGUGUGCCAGCCACGACCUGCCCCCGGACCAGGUGGCUGGGGUGCUGGGCCACGAGUGGUGCCUGGCCCUUCCCCGCAUUGCCCUGGUGCUGCUCACCAAUGUGGCCCCACUAGGCUCAGCCUUACCCCGAAGGGUCAUCGACGCACUCAGACGGGGCAUCAUCAAGGCGGCCAACACAACGGAGAUGUGGAUCCUGACGCAUGGCUUGAACGUGGGUCUGGCCAAGGAGGUUGGGGACGCCGUGGGGGCCGAGCUGGGCCGGCGCCAGGCCCAGCGUUGCCCGAGACACCCCAGCCGCAGUGGGGCCGCCCUGCCCCCCCUCACCCUGCUCGGGGUGGUGAGGGACGAUCUCCUGGCACAUGCCGACCUCUUCGACGGACGGGCGGAGGUGCACAUAGAGAAUGAGGGCAACCGGCCGGAAGAGUCCAAAUACGAGCUGAACCCGGACCACUCGCACUUCCUGCUGGUGAGGGACGACACGGUGAACAAGACGGGCCUCAACUACUUCCUGAUCCGGCUGGAACAGCACCUCGCCUCCCUGGCAGAGUCGCCGGACCGGGAGGACUCGGUGCCGCUGGUGUCGCUGCUGGUUUGUGGGGGCAUUGGCUGCCUGCGCCUGUGCCUGGACCACCUGCGGCGCCAGCUGCCCCUGUUGGUGCUCGAGGGCAGCGGGGGCCUUGCUGACCUGCUGGCCUUCACAUACCGACAGGUGCAGCGCAGGGGCCCCGGCGUGUGGGACGCAGAGUUUGUGGAGAGCUUCCUGAAGCCCGAGCUGACCUCCAGGCUGUGCCUGCUGGACCCCACCUACAGGGAGAAGGCCCUGGCACGCAACCUCUUCAGGGACAGGGUGGUGGAGUGUGUGCGGCUGGCAUGCCAGAGCGACCAACAGGCCGUCUUCAUGCUCGUUGACAUGCGUAGCCAGGCGUGCAACCUGGACAGGCUGGAUGAGAUUCUGCUCAAGGCUGUCUUCAAAGCGCAAGGGCGUGCGGCGCACUCCGGCCAGCGGAAGAAGGACCUGCUGCUGACGCUGGACUGGAACUGUCCCGAUGUGGCCAUGACGGAAGUUUUCCUCAAGGACCCGUCGUGCAAGCUGCAGGUGGACUGGGCCCUGUUCGAGGAGGCCCUGGUGCGUCCCGACCGAGAGCAGUUUGUGCGGAUGCUGCUGGACCGGGGCUUCCAGGUGCAUAAGGUCCUGACCCCGAGGCGCCUCAAGCGCCUCUUCCAGAGGGCGCUGAAUGAGCAGUUCUUCCGCUCUGUCUGCUGGGAAGCCAUCUUGGGACACAGCCCCACCUCCCGGCUGGGCAUGGCGUUUGUGGAGCGAGAGCUUGGCUGGCUGCUGGAGACCCUGACGGGGCUCCCCGAGCUGGUGGACGUGCAGGAGCUGUGGAUGAACGCGGCCCUAGGCAUCUACACCCGGGGCCCCUCGGCGGCCGAGCGCCGGGCCCUGGUCCUGCUCUCCCUGUGGGCCUGCUGCAGCCGCAGGCCCCAGCUGGGACGCCUGCUCUGGCAGGCCUGCGACCAGCCCAUCCAGCUGGCCCUGCUCGUGUCCAUGGCCUACCAGCGCCUCGCACAUUAUGCCCACCAGGGGAACACCCGCCAGGAGCUGCUGGACACCAGCCAGGAAUUCUCCGCCAUGGCCACAGGGGUGCUGGACCGCAGCUACGGGGCGGCCACGUGCCGCGCCUACGACGUGCUGAGCGAGCAGAGUCCCGACUGGGGCUACCGCACGGCCGUGGACAUUGCGGUGCAGGCCCAGAACCGCUCCUUCCUGGCCCACCCGUGCUGCCAGAAGUGGAUUUCCAACCUCUUCAUGGGCCGCAUCACCGUGCGAGAGCUGCCCUGGGGGUCCCUGGCGCUGCCCCUAUGGCUGAAGGUGAUCCUGUGUGCUUUCCUGGUGUUCCCUAUGUACGUCUGGGUUCGCUUCAAGUCUGACCCUCACGAGAUGGAGUACAAAGAAGAGGCGGACAUGGAGGAGGAGGAGAGGGAAGGGGAAGAGGACGCGCUGCUCCAGGAAGGUCCCCAAGGCAACGACGCGAAGGGGGCAAGGGAGGCCGUGAGUACUCUGCUUCGAGAGCAGGAGCUGUUUCUGCCCUCGCCCCCUCCCCUCUGGGAGAUGGUGCACCUCAUGUGGAGCGCCCCCAUCACCAAGUUCUGGACCUUCCAGAUCUUCUACAUAGCCUACCUGGCCCUGUUCAGUGUGGCAGUGCUGCUGCCCUCAUGCGGCAACUGGUACGUAGACCUGGCGGUGUGUGCCUGGACGGCCCUCAUCGCGCUCGAGUCUCUCCGCCGCACCUUGGUGCUUUACAAGGGCAGCAUCCGUGCCCCGCUGGCCCUGCGCUGCGUGGAGGUGGUGCUGAUGCUGGGCUUUGUGUGCCUGUACGCCCUGGGGCGCCUGGCGGGGCCCUGGCCCUGGCUGAGCCCGUACACGGUCAAGGUGUUGCUGUGCGGGGCCCUGCUGUGCUUCUACUACCGCCAGAUUGCCAUCUACCUGCCCAUCUCGCCCACCCUGGGGCCGCUGCUCUACAAAGUGCGCCUCAUGGUGGCCGAGGACUUUGUCAACUUCAUGCGCAUGGCCCUACUGGUGAUCAUCAGCGGGGGCAUAGUGGCCCAUGCCCUGUUGUACCCCGACUACCCGUUCAACGCGGAGCUGCUAAGGCGCACCUUUCACCGGGCCUGGUUCUCCCUCUUCCUCACCCCCAUCUCGGACCUGGAAGGAGAUUCGCGCUGCCAUCGGCUGCGGUACACCAACCGUUCCCUGGAGGAGUGCCGGGUGAGCGAAUACGUCGACCAUGCCUGCCCCAACCCGGGCCUGUGGCCGUACAUCUUUGUCAUCCAGUACCUGGUGCUCCUCAAGCUCAUCCUGCUCACCCUGCUCUACGCCCUCUUCAGCCACACGGCACACAAAAUCGAGCCGGUCUCGGAUGACAUCUGGAAGUUCCAGCGCUACCAGCUGGUGGUGGACUUCAUGAACAGGUUGUGUCUGCCGCCGCCGCUGAAUGUCUUCAGUUACCUGCUGUCCCUCUGCCAGCUGCUGGGGCGGGCCUUGCGACACUGUUGCUGCCGCUGUCGUGGGAAGCAGCACCGCACGGAUGGGGACGACCAGUGUCCGGGGGCGGAGCUGAGCAAGACCCAGCGGCUGUCUGACGAGGACCACAGCUACUGGAGGCAGCUUGCCCAGGAGUAUGCCAACCAGACGGAAGCUUCCCAGCCAGCCGGCGGAGAGGCUCCCAGCGUCCCCUCGUCGCUGGUGUCUGCGGUGGACGAGCAGCGAGAGUGUCUCUCCCAGUUGCAAGGCCAGGUGCAGGAGGUGCAGCGCUCCCUAGACAAAGCUUUGGCAUGCCUCCACUCCCUGAGGACCACCGUCCCUGGAGCAGCGGCGGAGGACGUGCAUCCCCUGUCCCGGCACAGCCCGUACCCUGGGACCCGGGUGCUUCGCUUUCCCGUGCCAGACAAGUACGUCGCCUGGGAGGUGCUGUGGCUCGAGUACGACCCCGUGGCCUACUCUCGACCCAAGCAGGACUUCCCUAUCCACCUGCAGCCACAUGUCGAUGAGGACCUCCUCAGCCUCCAGAUGGGCGGUUCCAGCCGCCCGGUGCCCUCGCUUUCAUGGAACUGCGUCUUCACCAACCCGGCCGGCGUGAGCAUCAACCGCCAGUCCUGGAUGCUGGACCAGGACGGCGGUCCCGUCGUCUACAAGCUGGAUGCCACCGGAGUGCCCAUGAACCCCGUGGGACGCACCGGGCUCCGGGGACGUGGGGCCUUGCCCCGAUGGGGACCCAACCACUACGUGCUCUUCAUCAUCACCAGGUGGCAGAGGGCCAAGGUGCACCUGGUGGGAGGCCGGGGCCUGGAGAUCGUCCUCAUGCGCAUCAUGCGCACCGACCAGUUCAGCCUGCCUGGGGACUUUGUCCCAGGGGAGCGCAAGUAUGACAUGCUGAAGCUGCUCUUCAAGCCUGACGACCUGACCACGUGCGACACCACAGAUGAUGUCAAGCUGCUGUUCCAGAACUGUUGCCUGGCCGAGGGGCCGGAGAGCCCCGUCGGGGAGGCGGAGGGGCCCCAGCCGGCCCCCGUGCGCUGCGAGGUGUCCCAGCACGGUUACAUGGAUGACCCCAUGAACACGGACCACUCGUGGCGAGAGAUCGAGCUCUGGAACGUCCACUUCUCUGCCAGGGAGAACCUACAGGACCGGCUGCAGAGCCACCUGUUGUGGAGGCUGGUGACCGAGGACCUGUUCAGCAAGCUACCCUCUGGCCAGUCCGUGCUGCUGCACCAGGUCACGAAGUCUCUGCAGGCCAGCAUCCUCUGAGCGGCCCCCUCCCCGCCCACGGCGCGGCGGGAACCGCAUGAGCCUCCGGGAUCUCCACCGGGCACUUGGCUGGCUCGCAGCCGGACCCUGGGCCCCCGAGUUUCCUGGAGAGGUUUGAAAGAUCUGCACGGUGUCGGCUUCUAGACGUUGUUGGUAGUAUGGUGCCCGGAGCGUUCUCUGACCGUUGUGUUUACCGCACCCCCGAAUGUGGUCCCUCCAUUUCCCCCCGACGUCGUCGUAAAAUUGUCGCGCCGUCACAGACGCAAUCCUGGCCGUGGCGCAGUGGCGGAGGUUCGACGACGCAGUUUGUCGCCCUUUUGGAAACAUCUUCAACGCGCGGGUGCGACGGGAUGCUAAACACAACAGUUGAAAACAUGUUACAUGCGCCGUACUGGUAGGUGGAUUCGGUGAGCUUGAAAUGCUGUCCAGGGUUUAGAAAUAGUUCAAACAUUUCCAAAGAUUAAAAAGGGAAUAUGCGCAAAAACAAAUGCUGCAUCGUUUUAAUGCGGCAUUUGUUUGUUCUAUGCCGGAUCGUUUUAAUGCAGCAUUCAUUCGCGUCUAGCGGUUUAUUGCAGGGAUUAGACGUGGAGGUUCGGAAACUGUCACACCUUGCCCCAGUCGCUCGCGCGACAUUUGGACGGAGUUUUCGAAUUCUCGGCGACGCACACCCUAGUUUAUUUUGCCGCGCAAAAGGUUGCUUUUAUUGGCAGGCACGCUUGAAGGUGCAGCUCUGCGUCGUGGUCUUUCCGCUAUACUUUUACAUGAAUCGGACCUCAUUGUAUGGAUGUUUACUUUUUGGUCAGGAAACUUUGGAUCGCCUUUUAGCAACAGGUAUAGCCAUGACCUGCUCAAAUUGUGCAGCAUGAUUUUUAUCUAAUUUUAUGUGGACGAUCCUGAAAUAAUCUCUAUAGAGUCGAGCCUUUUUGCGACGUGUUGGUUCACAUGCCUUCACGCUUGGUGCUGCACCGGUUCAGCGUAGAACGCAUCGGCGAGAGAGAUAGUUGUUUCAGUCGACACGGUCCCUGUCGGUGCCUGGUCAGGCACUGCUUUUGAAGUGGUGCAUUACCUGUGUAAAGUAGGAACAGUUCAUUCCACAGCUCUUCCUACACCUUGCACCAUGUGUCGAACACUGACUUCAGGGGACGUGGAAGAGCUGCUCUUAGUGAUUCCUUGGCCCGUUAGGUGUCUCCUUCUUUUAGCGGUUAUGAGAAAACCGGCCAGCACUUGACCGGUUAAUUGCAACCCUGUGUGCUAGCAUGGGCUUUGAACUAGUUCCAUUACUGUCAGACUGCCAUAGUAUGGGAGCUUUUCAUUGACAGGAGUUCCUUAUAUUGUUGUGGUAACCCAUUGAAACAAUGAGGAAUGCGCCCAAACCUGUUUUUUCUUUUUUAAGCGGCCAUUUUCGUAGAAGGUAUGUUUAUCUUAAAGGUGUUUGACUGUAUGACAGUGUCCAAAAAAAAGUUUUAUAUAUUUUAAGAGGUUUUAUAUUUUUGCCCAGACAAUUAUUUUUGUUUUUGGUCAAAAUAUGAAGGCAUGUGACCUAACGACAGAUGUUAUUGUUUGCAAGCGAGUGCGGCAGGCUUGUUUACUAGACACUGCACAUUGUGAUUGUUAUUGCUUUUUUUUUUUGCCUUACUGCAGCCAAACAGCUGCUCAAGUUGCCCGUCCUACCACUCAGUUUUGCUGCAUCGUAGCUUUGCUCACUUUACCGGUCUUGCUUUUAAAAUGUGCAUUAGGAAUCAACGGAAGUGUUGAAAAGUGGGCUAAUUUGUAUUGAAUCAUUACAAAACAAUCCACAAAAAAAAAAGACUCAUAACCUAUAUUAUGAACCUUUAGUUUGACGUUCGCUGAAAUGUUGUACCACGAGGUGUCAGUGAUCGCAUGUGCAAGCGGCGCAUGUUCACACCCCCCCCCCCCCCCCCCCCCCCCCGUUUACACCUCUAGCUUUCUGUUCGGAAGAGACGUCCAGAGGUGGGCACAACCAUCUGUAACACAAGACAAGCAUACGUGAAAAUCUGUAUCCUGAUAAAAACAUUAGAAGCUUUUGAACGGUUGAUCGUGCAAGGCCGAGUUCAAUUCUACCAUCGAAAUGAACGCAAGCUGUAAAAAGUUUAAUUAUAAUUUUUAAUUAUUUCAUGACUUUUUGGCUCCACUGCCUCCUUCAGCAUCGCUAAAGCUGCAUUGUUUCUCUCUGCCUGUAAUCCUUUUCCUUGCCCGCAUCCCAUGUUCUCCUGAAGCAGACCAAUCCCAAGCUUUUCUAUCUUGGUACUCAGGGUGCUUACUGUAUUCUGCAGCAUGUGGGAUGCUGGCUAGGAGUGGAACCACUCUUGCGGAUAUAAUGCCCUUGUCUUUCAUUCAAUUUCCCAGAAUCUGCAAGCAGUACUUUUCUUCUUGGCGGACCAGUAGUAAUUUUGCUCUGUGAACGGUAACUGCUUGCCACCGACACACUGCACUUGGGCGUGUUUGCCUUUAUCGACGACGGGCACUUUGCCUGGUUUUCCCUCGUCCAACAGAGGUACAAGAGACAUUCAGUGUAGUGGUUGCCGGGAAGCAACGACCGGCUCGGUCAAAUAAAAAUGACUCAAACGGUGGUGCAAACCUUAGCUUGGGUACACAAACGGAUUGAGAACAGAUGGCCGUGCUUUUGAACGUAUCAGUCAAACGGAAUGGUGCCUUAACACGAGCAUCGCCAUGGAGCAUGUCGUCAUUGGUCAACACCGGCCACCCCAUCACUGUUCAUGCCAGAAGGUUGCCUUAGAUGUUCCCUGGAUUUCAAAAAGAAGGGCAUUAUAGUCACCGAACUUGUAACAGUUGCGAAGUCGUCGAAAGAAUUUAGAUUGCCAUAUCACGUAAAAAUGUGUCGUCAUCUUACUGUUGCCAAAACGAGAUUAAAUUCCCAAAGCCCUAGCUUGGCUGAAUUGAGUCGCACAGGCAGGUGACUGGCAGUGCUUUGCUCCUUCUUGUCUUCUUGUUCUUUCUUUCUUUCUCUAGCUCAGUGGUUCUACCCCAUUGAUGUUUCGUGGACACCCUGUGAAUCGGCGGAGAUAAUGGAAGACCCGUUCGUGGUGAGGGGAAGGGAAAAAAAGUAUAGGUUAAUUAUAAUGAUUUAAUAAACGAAUAUAACUGAGGGUUAGUGUGAAGUAGACUUUUCUCAUUGACAUACACACGAGGAAACUCGCCUGAAGAUUAAAAUCUUUCUUUAUAAUCGGAAAAAACAAAACUUGUAUUGCCGUGCUUGACUGAUGAGGCAGGGCUUUACAUACCCUAGAAUGCCUUCACGGACCCCCAUUUGAGAACCACUGUUAUAACUAAUAAACUGGGCCUCCUCGCUACUUACCUUUUCACAACCUUUCCCAGUGUCUUCCUUUUCCCCUCCCCCCACCCUGAUCACGUGACACACCAAUUCAGCUUCCCCAAAAUUUAUAAAAAAUAUAGGGUCUUUGCUCCCGGAUUAACUGUUUAAUGUCCACCAAACAAUUAAAGCAAUCUCCAUUAAAUAUUGCAUUUCACGCAUUAUAGGACUUCAAUUUUAGAAGAGUUGUUGCCAAUUUUUUACCGUACCCUUCGAGCAUUCCCUCCUGACAAAAUGUGGGUAUCUAUUCUUUCACCGGCAACCGAGCGAACGGGACAUUUCUAGUUGUUUGUAUCAUGAAAAUCCGAGAAGGAUUUUUAUGAGGCAAAGUUCCAUUGACUCAACAUGAGGGGAACCUGAGUUAAUUUCAGCAUUAGUUCACCUUUUCUUUUGUGCUGUGUCACGUUUGCCAUACUGCAGGCCUAAAGUCGUCAAUUUGAACAAUAAACUGGGAACUCUUUGCGCACACAAAUCUUUCGGUUAAGCAGAUUGCUCUUCCCGGCAGCCACUGCCAAGCAGUCACCCAUGACAGAGCUAGAGUGUUUCCAGUGGCUCCUUGAUGCAUUCUGCCAUACUUAAUUUUUCGCUGUACAAAGUAAAGGCAUGUGUACAUUUCUGUACAUUUCAGAUUUCUUUUAUAUAAUUCUAGAGAGUUGCGACUUCACUGAGCUGCAGUGGAAAAUAGUUUGCUUUUCAAACUAAUCUGUGAUGUGGCCUAUGACUUAUUUAAUGGGUGCUAUGACAGCAGCGCGAAAAGCCUGUCUGAAUCUGAGAAAGGGCGGAUUGUGUUUAAGACUAGAAAGUGUUCUGGCUCAGCGUAAUCCAUCACUUUCCAAAAAGUUGGUGCCUCCUGUCAGACACCUGGUUCGAGGAUCCCUCAGUAGGAAACUCGAGGAGGGUGCCAUUAGUAAGGAAGGGCGAAGAAACUUCUUUGUACCAAUUUGGGGGAUAAAAGAUAAGCCACAAUGGGCUCAAAAGUGAUGCUUUGGGAGCUGAAUCUAGGUCUCCCUAGCUCACUGGUGCCUACGGGAUCUAGCUUGGUUGCUCGAAGGAAUAUUUAUGCUCGCCUGUACGGAAUUUUAUGCCGAAAAACUCAAACCAGGAAUUCGGAAAAUGGUGGAUUAGGGUUGUACCAUAUCUUGGCAUUGUUGUGUUUUUGGUCUGGUAUAGUUUUUACCUAGUUUCAUGUUGUUGUUAUUUACAAUUGAAAUUGUGUAGUUUGUUACAGAUCUUGUUAAGGUAUUCUAGGUAGUAGUAUUUUUGUGGAUAACCGGGUAUGCCUUUUAUCUAGCGGCAGAAGUGUAUAGGCUAUUGUCAUAGUAAUUAUGCAAGAUUUCCUCACGCAGAUGGCCUGUGAUGUGCAUAGGAAGAGAUAGCUUUAUUGUGUGCUCCAAAGUAUGCAAUGAUGCGAGUGUGUGGUUAAUUUAAGGCCUCGUUCACCAACAAUUUUGUAUAUGGGGCGCAUGUCACAUUUUUCUACAAGUGCCUCUCAGUGCUUUUGUAGUCAAAGUUUUAUAGUAUAUUCCACGCUUCUUUGUACUUGUGCAGGUGGAUGUGGCUUUCCAACCUCUGCAUUAUGUCGUUGAUAUUAAACUUGUCUCUCAUCA